AUGUUGCAUUCACAGUUUAAUACAACCUAUGUAUUUCCCGCAGAGACAUCUCAGUCAGCCAUUACUACAGAGUCACACUUCGAAAGUUUACUAGUACCUAUAAACGCGUUGGGCGACCACCAGCCCACACAACUGCUCUCACCCGCUCCUUCGUCGCCAAUCUCAAAUUUUGAAUUACGCGACUCACCGACUGCCGAUGAGCUGGAUAUCCCAGAGUUCUUCCAAUACAGCAAGGAAAAGUAUGAGAGUGCAAAGUCAGGGAGUCGCAGGCGACGUAAACCAACACGUGAUGAUUGUGACACCGUCUCAUCUUUUGACGGAGAUGAAGGAGAGGAUGGAAAUAGGCAAGUCCAUAUUCAAUCUGAACAAAAACGACGCGCAGAAAUCAAGGAUGGGUUCGAGGAGUUACGAAGACAAUUACCGGCCGGAUGUAAUGGUCGUAAGAUGAGCAAAGCUGCUCUUCUUCAACGAACUGUGACUCAUCUAAAGAAUAUGAGAAAUCGAGAAACAUUUCUCGUUGACGAGGUUACUCGUCUUCAUCACAUUUGCACUUAUUUGAACGCGGAACUUGAUAAGGAAAAGAAAAUGAACGCUGUAUACAGGCAAAAAGAAACACUUGACAAAAUUUAUGGGAUUGGUCUCUGA